AUGAAGUUAGAAAAAUUAUACAAAGAAUUAUCUACUAAUCCAAAAGUAAUAAAAGACAUUGAAAUUGAAAUAGAUGCAUUAAUUAAAGACGAGUCACUUGAUAAAACUUUUAUGCUGUUUAAGUCGAAUAUAGUAGAAUUGAGAAUUUAUGCACUUAAAAUUAUAGAAGAAAGACUUAAAUACAAGAAAUCCGCAAAUUUAUCUUUGGACAUGGAAAUUUCUGCAAUGAAGAGUAUUAUUCUUAUAGAUACAAGUGACAAGACUGCAGAGGUUUUUGCAAAGCUUGGAAUUUAUGAGUGGCCUAAAACUUUUAUUGAUUUUUUUCAGAUUAUUAUAGAUUUAAUAUCAAAUAAGCAAGAAAUGGGAUAUAAAAUAUUAUAUAACUUUCUUUAUUUGUUAAAUUACAGCCAAGAAAUAAAUGAUAAACGAAAGAAUGAACUAAAAAGGGCUGUUGGUAUGAUUUAUAAAGGUUACAUGCAAUUAUUUGAAGAUUCGUUUGCAAGUAUUAUUAUACCUAUUUUAACUGAAUCAUUAAAAAUAUUACCUAAAGAUUUUGAUUACUCUAUUAUAUAUAGACGAGGAUAUGAGUUUCCUAAUAAAACAAUAGAAUUUAUUAAUGACAUGGGAAAUCUGCUUAAUUUAGAAGAUGUUAUUGAAUUAUCUUCUAAAAUGCCUGUAUCAGUUGGGAUGUUAAUAUAUUUUUCGUCACUGAAGAAUAAAGCUCCUAAAACAUCUAAUGUUACAAAAAUGUAUGAAUAUGUGUUUAAGGGUCUUAGAGGAGAUUUAUCUACAUUUAUUUUAUCUAUAGAAUUUUGGACUAAAUUUUUUUGUCUUAAAAAUCAAGAUCAGUUUGUAGAACAAGUUCUUACUGAAGUUUUAUACAUUUUUGUUAAUUUAGAUGAACAAAACAGGUUAGAAGUUGAAAGUGAAGUAUAUGGUUUGUACAAUGUUCUUGUAAAAAAUUAUUCCGCUAUGGUUUUUACAUUUAUAAAAAAGAAUGGAGAUUUACUACCUAAAAGAUUAUGUUUAUUUUUUAUUAAAAAAAUAUACGAUACAAUGCAAAAAAAUAAUUUAGAAGGAGAUAUGAAAACAUUAGUAUUUAAAAAUCCGUUACUUAAUGGUACAAUUUUAGAAUUAUCUAAUGAUGUAAAUGCAGUAGAAUGCAUACAAUUUUUAGAUUUUUUAGACAAAGAUAGUGAAAAAUUAUGCAUCAGAAUCAUUAAUAAAUUUGCUGUAAAUGAAUUUCUAUUAAAUCAAAUUAUUGAGAGAUGCAUAUUUAAAGAUAAAGAAAAUGCUAAUGAGCUAAUUGUUGAAUGUUGUAUAAAAUUGGGUAAAAUUGAAACUUUUGAAGAGCCAUGGGAUAAAAAUAAGUUUAUUAGAUUUUUCUAUUAUCUUAAAUAUGUACCUUUAAAAGUUAUCCAGUAUACGAAUUCGUAUCUUAAAGCUUUUAUAGAACAUAGUCCAUUUGAUAGAUGUUUUUCAAUCCUUAAAAUGCUUAAUAAUGUGCCUAAGGAAGUUUAUGAAAAAAUUUAUGAAGAUAUUUUUAGAUAUCCUUAUGAAGAUCUUAAUUGUUUCAAUAGAGAUUUACUUAUAUUCUUUGAGUUACAAGAUCCUUUUAUACGAAGAGAAAUUGAUAGAAUUCUUUAUGAUUGGAAUAUUUUAGAUAAUACAGAUUCUUUAAUACUUUGUACUAGGUCUUUAAUUAGUGUUUUUUCUGAAGGGGUUAAUAAAUCUAACACUACAGGAAUGCCAUUUAAUUCCAUAAAUUCAUUAUUCGAUUUGUUACGCAUAGAGGAUCCCGGAAUAAUUAGAAAGAUUUGUGAUGUCUUUUAUUCAUACAAGGGAAGGUAUGAUGUGAAAAAAGCUUUAUAUUUUCUCCUUGUAAAUUAUAAUUCUAGUCAUGUUGAGGCUUCGCAUAUCAAUAUUUCUGCUGCUUUAACUAAAUGUAUUAAAGAAGAAGGAGGAGCCGAAGCUCUUAAUGAAAUAUUGAGUGGUAUACCACUUGAUAAUUGUAUUAAUCUAAGGACUGAAUGUUUACAAUACAACACAAAAAGGGGACAAAUGCUUGUAAGAAAUUUUUUACACAAUUUUAAGGGGAAACCCCUAAAUACACUUUAUGAGGACAAUUUUAAAGUAACAGAACAGAAUUUUAUAAAUUCUGAUAAUAAAAAGACAAAAGGAAUUGACUUCCAAAUAGACAGAACAUUUUUUGGAUAA